AAAUAUAUUGUAAAUUACAAACAAAUAAAGGAUUUGCGACGUGAAUAUUUGAUUGGUAUCGUAAAGAAUGAGAAAACCUUUUCAAACCUCUUGAGCAAGGAAAAAUCGAAAUUUGUAGCUACAGUGGCAUCACCGGUGACUUGGAGGUCGAGCAUUAGGUGGAGCUCGCUUCGAAACUGCCCAUGUCAUUGGAAGAGCACGUGCGCCUCGUGGAAGACAAACUUUCACAAAAGGAAUGCACAGAUGCUAUGAUGCGGCUAAUAUCGAAGUCAAAGGGCGCAAAGGGCAGUGUAGACGGCAUACUGCGUGGUAUGUUUUUAGAUGAUGUAAUGAACCAUUACAAUUUAGAGGGGCGCAAAGAGAAGGAAUCCCUAUUAAAGCUAAAGUGCGUAGGCUUAAUUUUUGAUAUAUUUCCUAACAAGGUCAAAAACACAAUCUGUGGGGAGCUCCGAAAACUUGUGGCUUUAAGCCACAAUCGUUUUAAACAAAAAAAACAUUAA